AUGUCAAACUAUGACGAAUUGUUGUCGGAGAUACCAGUGUCGGAUCGACUGGAGGACAAUAGUGUCGAAUUUGACGAGGACUCCUCCUUCAAGGUUUUAGGAAUUUCGUGGAGUCCUAUACUUGAUCGAUUCCAUUUCAGGAUACAAAUUCCGGAGUUUCCGGUGAUCUCGAAACGUAGCGUGCUAUCCGCCAUUUCGCGAUUCUUUGAUCCACUGGGUUGGAUUGCCCCUGUGGUAAUCACCGCUAAAAUUUUCAUGCAGGAACUAUGGCUGCGUAAGGUUGAUUGGGAUAGCCCGCUCUCGAGUGAUCUAGAGGAACGAUGGACUGAGUAUUCUCACAGUCUGACAGAUCUCAAAGAGAUUUCAAUCCCAAGGUGGACGAAUCAAAGCAACUCCGAUCUGGGUAUCGAAUUGCAUGGAUUUGCGGAUGCUUCAACACGCGCCUAUGCGGCCGUUGUAUACAUUCGCAUUAUUCACACUCGAAGCAGCUUUGGAGUAACACUCUUAGCCUGUAAAUCUAAGGUCGCUCCUAUUAAAACAAUUAGCGUUCCCAGGUUAGAGCUGUGUGCAGCUACCUUACUAGCUCGUUUUCUUAAAAAUAUUGUUAGUACUUUAAGGUUAAGUUCAGUACCAGUAUACUGCUGGUCAGAUUCCAUGAUCACACUUGCUUGGAUUAAGCAGCACCCCAAUACCUGGAAGACUUUCAUAUCCAAUAGGGUAUCAGAAAUCCAGACAAGCUUGCCGCAAGCUCAGUGGCUAUUUGUCGGGUCUAAAGAAAAUCCCGCAGACUGUGCGUCGCGCGGCAUCAGCGUUCAGGAGUUGAAGUCGCACUCGUUGUGGUGGAGUGGGCCUCAAUGGCUGCAGUCACCCUCGACUGUGUGGUCGGAACAGCCCUCCUCCCUUCGAUCGGACGGAAACAUGGAACGACGUAGCGUUCCAGUUUAUUUAGCUCAGCGGGGCGCGGCAGGGUGGGAUCUUUCCGAGCAAGUUUCCAGUUGGCCUAAGUUGUUGCGGAUCAGGGCCUAUUGCCUAUUGUUCGUUCAUAAGGUUCGACAGCGCCUUAGAAGGGCGGAUAGUGAUCAAUUAGGUACGUUAUAUGUGUUGAGUGACGCUAUCAGACAGGCUCGUAGUUUUUGGAUUGCGUACGUACAAAAGAUUAACUUUUCGAAUGAGAUCCAGGCAAUUAAACGUGGUGAGGGCCCGUCUAAAUCUAGUCCCUUGAAAAAUCUAAACCCGUUUUUGGACACGAAGGAUAACCUUCGUGUCGGGGGACGUCUCUGCCGGGCGUCCCUCUCUUACGAUGAGAGACAUCCCAUCAUACUACCGAGGCAUCGCAUAUCGGAGCUGAUUGUUGCGCAGGCACACGAUCGAACGCUUCACGGUGGGACACAGUUGACGUUAGGAGUUUUACGCCAACAGUACUGGAUUCUAAAUGCUAGAAACCUUGUAAAACAUCACAUUCACAGGUGUGUUGUUUGUGUCCGCCACAGAGCUAUUCCGAUAUUGCAGCAAAUGGGUGAUCUGCCGGACGUUCGAAUAAACCCUUCUCGUCCGUUUCAACAUACCGGCGUAGACUAUGCCGGUCCUUUUCAUGUCCUUCCGAUAGUAGGACGUGGCCAGCGGACACACAAGGCUUAUGUGGUUGUGUUCGUUUGUUUGGCCACUAGGGCCAUACACUUGGAACUGGCCAAUGAUUAUACCAGCGAUGGGUUUUUGGCCGCAUUUAGAAGAUUCACCUCUCGUAGGGGUCUUCCGGUCUCAUUAUUCAGUGAUAAUGGGACCAAUUUUCAGGGUUCCGAAAAGGAAUUGCGCAAUGCGUUCAGAGCUCUGUCGCGUGAUCCUGAUCUCGUCGCGUAUUUAGCCUCCAACGGCAUCACUUGGAGAUUUAUACCGCCCUCCGCCCCACAUUUUGGAGGAAUGUGGGAAGUGGGCGUAAAGUCCGUUAAGCACCAUUUACGGCGUGUAAUUGGUGCUCACACGCUUUCAAAUGAGGAGUUCACUACAUUACUAACUCAAGUGGAGUCAUGUCUAAAUUCUAGACCUAUAGCUCCCUUGUCCGAUGAUCCCUCCGAUCUCUCACCUUUGACUCCUGCCCAUUUCUUAAUAGGUACCUCGCUGAUUGCGACGCCUGAGGAGUCCGUAUUGGAUUUGAGGGAAACGCGACUCAAUCGUUGGCAGCGUGUACAGCGGAUGCACGAGCAGUUUUGGCGAAUAUGGUCGCGAGAUUAUCUCUACACGUUACAGCAGCGCUAUAAGUGGCGUCAGAAUUCGACUAGUUUGAAAGUCGAUGAUCUAGUAUUAGUUCAAAACCCGUUGCUACCGCCGACGAAAUGGGAGCUUGGGAGAGUAGUAAAAAUCUAUCCUGACCCUCAAGAUCUCGUUAGGGUAGUGGAUGUAAGGACGCUUUCGAACACAAGAAGGCGUGCCGUAAACCGGCUAUUUCAUUGCGUCGUUAUUAAUUUGUAUUAUUGUUUAGCUUUAUCAACUAAUAUUACUACACUAAGUUCUAUUAGGCGUGAUGCUUGGUCUCCCGGGUACAUCAUCGUUUCGUACUAUCAGUACGAGGCGAGCGGCAUGUUUGGGAACAGCGUAAUACGCGAACGCGAGUCACCCGCUACAUGCGAGCGAUCGAUAUCGAUCCUUUAUCACGCGAGGGCACCACCUUACGACGGUGUCCUGCGCAAGCCCCCUCUGGGCGUCCGGGAGCGCUCGAGCGGAAGCAGGCGUUUUUACCUCUCAGAUAGAGAUUCGCAAGACUCCUAA